AUUCUGGGCGGGUUUUCAGAAGACAUUUACUACAAUUGUAGCUUGAUCUGGCAACCCUGUCUACCAGUCAGUCGUGGGGGAAAAGAGGAAAGUGAAAAUACCUGAAUGUAUAUUUGGGGAUAAGUAGCCAUACGCUGUUUUUUGGGCGGGGUGUCGAAAGCGUCUUUUUCUGUGUGGAUAUAUAUAGUGAACAUGUUUGGAAAUAAUUCACCAUUGAAGUAAAGGGGGAAUACAAUUAUAUAUUGCUAGGGUGAGGUUUCAUGUUUCCGAAACAAAAGUCGGGAAGAGACUAUAUUCGCACUCGGGUUUCAUUCCAGACCGAAACUGCAGGGAAGUUUAGAGAGGACCCCUGGCGUGAUCGGGCCUAUUGUUAUUUUCACCCAGGCCACGUAGCUACGUGGUUCGAAGAGUUGAAUCCUGAGUCCCAACAAUUUGGGAGAAAUUAGCCAACCUCAUCCCGACGACAUGCGAACGACACGCUGAGAGGACACGUGUGGCUUCAAGCUCUGUGAGAAAUUUCGCCGAAGGACAAUGACCCAACACACCUCCAGGCUGUGUAAGUGCUAUUUGAUCAAGCGGGAGAAUGAUGGAGUGCUGCAUCAGAUAACCUGGCCCCCACAAUCACCCGACCUCAACCCAAUUGAGAUGGUUUGGCAUGAGUUGGACCGCGGAGGGAAGGAAAAGCAGCCAACAAGUGCUCAGCAUAUGUGGGAACUCCUUCAAGACUGUGGAAAAGCUUUCCAGGGCUGUCCACUUCAACCCGCCCCCCCAUCCUACUCAUAAUCUUAUCUUUUCACACCCCCUGUCUAGUCUGUCUCCUCUUCUUCCUACCCUCCUUUUUCUAGUCCAUUGUUUCCCUGAUUCCAUCUGUCUGGUGGGCUCUUCUCCCUGUCCUCUGGCCUCCAGGAUAGAUUCUCUCAGGAGUAAGGUUGAGCUGCUGAAGCUGCCUCUGGCCCUGCCCACCAAGUCCAUCUCCGAGCUCAAGAGCCAGCUGGGCAGAGUCAAGGAACAAGGCACGGGGGCGGGGGGAGAGGGGCCUGUCAACCCUGUCCACCGACCCAAGACAUGGACAACGAGUCACAGUACUCGGGCUACUCCUACAAGUCGUCCCACUCUCGCAGUUCCCGCAAGCACAGGGAUCGGCGGGACAGACAUCGCUCCAAGAGCAGAGACGGCAGCAGCCGUGGGGACAAGUCUGUCACCAUCCAGGUCCCCGGGGAGUCGCUAUUAGACGCAGAGUCGACCCGGGGCGAUGACCGGGAUGACAACUGGGGCGAGACCACCACCGUGGUCACAGGCACAUCAGAACACAGCGUGUCCAACGAGGACCUGACGCGCGUCUCCAAGGAGCUGGAGGAAUCGUCCCCCCUGGAAUGCAAGCGCUUCCUGGGGCCCGUGCUGGGCGGCUGCCUGGGCCUGUUCGCUCUGUUCACCCCCCUGGCCUUCCUUGUCCUCCCCCAGCUGCUGUGGCGUGAGGCCCUGGAGCCCUGCGGCACGCCCUGCGAGGGUCUCUACGUCUCCCUGGCCUUCAAGCUUCUGGUGCUCCUCAUCUCCUCCUGGGCGCUGUUCCUGCACCCGCCGCGCGCCACCCUGCCCCGCUUCUUCGUCUUCCGCUGCCUGCUCAUGGUGCUGGUAUUCCUGUUUGUGGCGUCCUAUUGGCUGUUCUACGGCGUGCGCGUGCUGGAGCCCCGGGAGAGGGACUACAGAGGCAUCGUGGAGUAUGCUGCAUCACUGGUGGACGCGCUGCUCUUCAUCCAGUACCUGGCCCUGGUGCUGCUGGAGGUCAGACACCUGCAGCCUGCCUUCUGCCUCAAGGUGGUGCGCACCACCGACGGGGCUAGUCGCUUCUACAACGUCGGCCACCUCAGUAUCCAGAGGGCAGCAGUGUGGGUGCUGGAUCAGUACUACAGGGACUUCCCAGUCUACAACCCUGCCCUGCUCAACCUGCCCAAGUCCAUCCUCUCCAAGAAGAUGUCUGGAUUCAAAGUCUACUCACUGGAUGAGAACAGCACCAAUAACUCCACCAGUCAGUCCCGGGCCAUGAUCGCUGCUGCGGCCCGCAGGAGAGACAACUCCCACAACGAGUACUACUACGAGGAGGCCGAGAUGGACCGCAGGUGCCGCAAGCGCAAGGCCAGGUUGGUAGUGGCGGUGGAAGAGGCCUUCACCCACAUCAAGCGUCUCCAGGAUGAUGACCCCGCAGUCUCGUCCCACAAACACCCCCGUGAGGUGAUGGACCCCCGGGAGGCGGCUCAGGCCAUCUUCGCCCCCAUGGCGCGGGCCAUGCAGAAGUACCUGAGGACCACGCGCCAGCAGCCCUAUCACAGCAUGGAGAGCAUCCUCACACACCUGCAGUUCUGUAUCACCCACAACAUGACCCCCAAGGCAUUCCUGGAGCGUUAUGUGAGCCCAGGCCCUACCAUGCAGUACCAGCGUGAAAAUGGCAGGGGGCGCCAGUGGACUCUAGUGAGCGAGGAGCCGGUAACCUCUGCCCUGCGUCAGGGUCUGGUCUUCUCUCUGCGCCGCCUCGACUUCUCCCUUGUCGUCACGGUGCAGCCCCUCCCCUUCCUGCGUAUCGGUGAGGAGUUUAUCGACCCCAAGAGCCACAAGUUUGUGAUGAGGCUGCAGUCAGAGACCUCUGUGUGAAGGGGGGGUCAGUGGAGGCCCCUGAUCCUACUGGGAUACGCAGGGUUCUAGAUCAUCAUGUACUCUCCUUUUGAACCAUUGUCAUGGAUGUUAACAGAAUGGGAUGAAGCUACGAUCUUCCAAAGACAGAAAAUGGAUGCCUUGACCAUGUUUUAUGUCACUGUAAAAUUCCCUUACGGUGUCUUGUCUGUAGGCCAACUGUCUCCAUCAGUUUGCAAAGGAACUACAUUCCUGAGCUUGUUGUAACUGAGACUGUGUUGUAGAGUCUUAUUCCAUGUAUAUGUGGCUCUCAUUUAAUUUUACACUGGCCUUUUUUUUUUUACACAAAAGUUAUCAUGAUUUGGUAACAUUGAAUGAGUAAAUCAUUCCUGCCUUGGGACAGCAUUCUUACAAUGUUUCUCAGACUGACUUUCCUGAAUAACAUGUUGUUCCAUGAAGCUGUUUUGAAUGGACUUGCCUUCUCUCUAUCCUGUGUCCACUGUCCUCCACCCAUCUCACUCUGACCAGGGACAUGUGAUUGUAUCCUCACUGCAAGUCGUCUGCUGUCAUAGCAAAUCACCAGAUUGUGCCACAUUUGUAAAACAUUAAAACAAGCACAGUAACAGCCUUACCCAUGUAUGAACUACGAAAUGCUGGCCGGUGAUCUCUGGCAAAGAACCACUUCUCUGACCACUAAACCUCUCGGUUCGAACCCAGAUGUACUGUGACUGGCAGCUUAAUGUUGCUACUUAGACAACAGUUUGGUGCAGUUCAUCUUCUGAGCCACAAUAUGACUGCCAAUCAUUUCUAUUCAAGCAGUUAGAACUCUAAUACCGUACAUUUCUGUGAGAAUAACCAAUGAAAGUUCACAACUGGUUUGACAUAAUUCAUGCUAACAUCAAUGCUAAAGAUUGUCAUUCCAGUUUGUUUUUUUAUGCAUGCUAGAAUUCUGGGUUUAAAUACAUUUUCUAUAAGGUUGUUUUUGUUUUCUAUACAUGUUUUUUAUUAAGUUAUAAUUCAAUUCAAAAAAAUGUUUUUACUUUUGGAAAAUAGGUGGUGUGUGUGUCUGUCUGUGUCUGUGUCUGUGUGUGUGUGUCUGUGUACAAAGAUGUGAAUGUUUCUUUAUUGAUAAGUAGCUUGUAUAGUGUGCUCGAUGUUUUUACUCCUGUUCUCCCCAUCUCUGCUUUUCUCACAUACACAAAGUUGUGAUUGUAUGAAGCCCUGUCUUGCAUUCUCUAGUCCUGUUAGGAAAAACAAUACUGUAAACCUACUGACGAGAAGAUGAUUUAAAGACUUAA